CUUCCGGUCUCUGUGUGUUUUAUUUAUAUGUCUGUUGUUUGUGGUCAAACUACCUUCAAUGGCCACAGGCAGCAGAGUCGACAGCUCCUCGUCUCUCUCCGCCAUGUCCAUUCCCGCUCUGCUCCUCGCUUUCUUCCUCCUCGUCCGCUCCCCGCACCCCAUCUCUGCUUCCAAAUCCGCAGAUUCUCUCACCUACCUAUGGCCUCUGCCCUCGCAGUUCACCUCCGGCGACGAUACCCUCUCCGUCGACCCCGCCCUCUCCCUGUCCGUCGCCGGGAACGGCGGCAGCUCCCGGAUUGUCAAGGACGGGUUCGAUCGCUACAAGGCCAUCAUUUUUAAGAACACUGAGACGUUCUCGAUCUUCAAUGCGUUCAGGAAGAAGAGGGUGGGCUACGACAUCGCCAAGCUGAAGAUCACAGUUCACUCCGCCAGCGAAGAGCUUCAACUUGGUGUGGAUGAGAGCUACAGUCUAGCGGUGGCGAGGAGCGUUGGUCAAUCCAUAAUUGGGGAGGCGACAAUUGAGGCAAACACCGUGUUUGGCGCGUUGCGGGGCUUGGAGACAUUCAGCCAGUUAUGUAUGUUUGAUUAUGGCUCGAAAACUGUGCUAAUACACAAGGCUCCUUGGAAUAUCCAAGAUAAACCAAGGUUCAAGUACCGCGGGCUACUACUAGAUACAUCAAGACACUAUUUCCCUGUUGAUGUUAUAAAGCAUAUCUUGGAGUCCAUGUCAUAUUCCAAACUUAAUGUGCUCCAUUGGCACAUCAUAGAUGAACAAGCAUUUCCUCUGGAGGUGCCUUCAUACCCUAAGUUAUGGCAAGGUGCAUACUCAAAGUGGGAGCGCUACACAGUUGAGGAUGCCUAUGAAAUUGUCAACUUUGCCAAAUCUAGAGGAAUCAAUGUCAUGGCGGAAGUCGAUGUACCUGGUCAUGCAGAAUCAUGGGGAAAAGGAUAUCCUGGUCUCUGGCCUUCUUCUUCAUGUAGAGAGCCACUGGAUGUGACAAAAAACUUCACUUUUGAUGUGAUUUCAGGCAUUUUAUCAGAUAUGAGAAAGAUCUUCCCCUUUGAGCUCUUCCACUUAGGAGGCGAUGAAGUUAACACAGAUUGUUGGACCAAAACCUCGCAUGUGAAGCUUUGGCUUCAGCAGCAUAACAUGACAGCCAAGGAUGCCUAUAAGUAUUUUGUGCUCAAAGCGCAAAAGAUUGCCAUAUCUAAAGAUUGGACUCCUGUUAAUUGGGAAGAAACCUUCAAUAAUUUUCCUGAGAGUCUCAACCCGAAGACUGUAGUACACAACUGGUUGGGACCCGGUGUCUGCCCCAAAGCUGUUGCCAAAGGUUUUAAAUGCAUAUACAGCAAUCAGGGUGUUUGGUAUCUCGACCAUUUGGAUGUGCCUUGGGAUAAUGUCUACACUGCCGAGCCCCUGGAAGGAAUACGUGAUCCUCCAAAGCAAGAACUUGUAAUUGGGGGUGAGGUUUGCAUGUGGGGAGAAACAGUUGAUACGUCGAAUGUCCAGCAAACAAUAUGGCCUCGAGCUGCUGCAGCAGCAGAGCGGCUGUGGAGCACGAAGGACUCCACCCCGACAAGGAAUGUGAAUGCCACCGCAUUGCCUCGGCUGCAAUAUUUCCGAUGCCUCUUGAACAGGAGAGGAGUUCAAGCUGCCCCAGUCACGAACUUCUAUGCUCGGACUCAGCCAAAUGGACCGGGUUCAUGUUAUGACCAAUGAGUCACCUCCGAUCAGUUACAUUGAAUUUCGGGCUGUCAUUAUUGAAAAAGUUGCUAUUUAUUUCGACACCGGUUGUUAAUCCUACACCUCUGAUUCCAUGUUAAAUCCAUAGUCGGUUGUCACCUAUUGAUGAAUGUUUCUGGUCACUCUUUCCUUUGUAGCAAAAGAUGCUGAACUUGGAAUAUAAUCAGGUGUUAAACCGGCCGUAAAGUGUGAAAGAAUCUAUUUGAUGUAACUGAUGAGCCGAAUGAUAUAACUUUUCUCA